AUGACCCAGACCCUCAAGCUCGCUUCCAGAGUGUUCCACCGCGUCCGCUGCCCUCCUGAGCUGGGCUCCUCACUGGGCUCCAGAGGCUCGGACUCAGCGCCCCGGGGCUUGGCGGACAUCCCAGGCCCCUCCACGCCCGGCUUCCUUGCUGAACUUUUCUGCAAGGGGGGACUGUCACGGCUACACGAGCUUCAGGUGCAGGGCGCCGCGCGUUUUGGGCCGGUGUGGUUGGCUAGCUUCGGGACGGUGCGCACUGUGUACGUGGCGACCCCUACACUCGUCGAGCAGCUGCUACGACAGGAGGGACCCCGGCCCGAACGCUGCAGCUUCUCACCCUGGGCGGAGCACCGUCGCCGCCGCCAGCGGGCUUGCGGACUGCUCACCGCGGAAGGCGAAGAAUGGCAGAGGCUCCGCAGCCUCCUGGCCCCGCUCCUCCUCCGGCCUCAGGCGGCCGCCCGCUAUGCCGGAACCCUGCACGACGUGGUCGGUGACCUUGUGCGGCGACUGCGGCGCCAGCGGGGACUGGGCGCUGGGCCGCCCGCCCUGGUUCGAGACGUGGCAGGAGAGUUUUACAAGUUUGGACUAGAAGGCAUAGCUGCGGUGCUGCUGGGUUCCCGCCUCGGCUGCCUGGAGGCCGAAGUGCCGCCGGACACAGAGACCUUCAUCCGCGCGGUGAGCUCGGUGUUUGUGUCCACACUGUUGACCAUGGCGAUGCCCAGUUGGCUGCACCGCCUCGUGCCCGGACCCUGGGGCCGCCUCUGCCGAGACUGGGACCAGAUGUUUGCAUUUGCCCAGCAGCACGUGGAGCGGCGAGAGGCCGAGGUAGCCAUGAGGAGCCAGGGAAAGUCUGAGGGGGACACGGGAUUUGGGGCGCACCUGACCUACUUCCUGUUCCGAGAAGAGUUGCCUGCCCCGUCCAUCCUAGGGAAUGUGACGGAGCUGCUGCUGGCCGGAGUGGACACGGUGUCCAACACGCUCUCCUGGGCUCUGUAUGAACUCUCUCGGCACCCCGAAGUCCAGACGGCACUCCGUUCUGAGAUCACAGCUGCCUUGGGCCCCAGCUCCAGUGCCCACCCCUCAGCCACUGCUCUGUCGCAGCUGCCCCUGCUGAAAGCUGUGAUCAAGGAAGUGCUAAGACUGUACCCUGUGGUACCUGGAAAUUCCCGUGUCCCAGACAAAGACAUUUGUGUGGGUGAAUAUAUUAUCCCCAAAAAUACGCUGGUCACUCUGUGUCACUAUGCCACUUCAAGGGAUCCCGCCCAGUUCCCAGAGCCAAAUUCUUUUCGUCCAGCUCGCUGGCUAGGGGAUGGUCCAGCCUCCCACCCAUUUGCGUCUCUCCCCUUUGGCUUUGGCAAGCGCAGCUGCAUGGGGAGACGCCUGGCAGAGCUUGAGCUGCAAAUGGCUUUGGCCCAGAUCUUGAUCCACUUUGAGGUGCAGCCUGAGCCAGGUGCUGCCCCAGUCAGACCCAUGACCCGGACUGUCCUGGUACCUGAGAGAAGCAUCAACCUACAGUUUGUGGACAGAUAG